UUUGGCACACACAUCAUUCUUUUUCCCUUGCAAAUUUUUUAGUCCAUUUCUCUUCUCUAUUCACUUCUUCAAAGCAAUUGGAGUUYCCUUUAGUUUUAUCUUGCCCUAACUUUUCUAGUUUUUAUAAAUGGCUUCAAUGUCGUCUCAUGGGUCUAGUGCAUGGACUGCAAAGCAAAACAAGGCCUUUGAGAAGGCUUUGGCGGUGUACGAUCAAGAUACACCCGAACGAUGGCUGAAUGUUGCAAAGGCUGUCGGUGGAAAAACUGCAGAGGAAGUUAAGAGGCAUUAUGARCUUCUUGUGGAGGAUGUUAAGUUUAUCGAGUCGGGCCAAGUUUCCUUCCCCUAUCGGACCUCGGGAGGUGGUAGCCAUGGUAACAUGACGACUGAUGACGAAAAGAGGAUGAGAAACAUGAAGCUAAAUUGAUCGAGCUCGCUCAAAAAUAAAAGGAGGAGAGAGACAACCAUUUGCUAAUUUGGAAGAAUAAUAUAUAUUUUUAUUUUAUCAUUCUGUGUUGUUGUCAUGUUAUCUAAUAUUAUUGAUUGUAUUCAACUUUUAAUUUAACUUCCGAUUUUGGGAGGAAAAAUAUUUGAAGAAAUCAAUUUCACUUCCUGUGGGGUUAAUGAACAUUAAUUAUGUUUUUUAAAA